AUGCAACGAUGCUGGAAAGCAAAAACUACAUGGGACGAGUCCGUACCCAGCGCGUUAGAUUCCGCGUGGCGAUCGUUCGCGGAACAACUGUCAUUAAUCGACAAUUUAAAGAUUGACCGAUACGUUUCCACAAAUAACCCAAACGAUAUCCAGAUUCACGGAUUUUGCGACGCGAGUCAGACGGGUUACGGAGCUUGUAUAUACGUGCGCUCUCGCGAGCAGGCCGGCGAAAUUCGCGUAAGACUUUUCUGUUCAAAGGGACGGGUGGCUCCACUAAAAGAUCAAACCAUCCCUCGACUCGAACUCUGCGGCGCUUUGACACUUGCUCGCUUAUAUCGCGAAGUCCUCGAGGUGACGAGCUUUCACGUGUACAGGACAAUUUUCUGGUCAGACUCAACAAUAGUUUUACUAUGGCUAAAUAAACAUCCGAGCAUCCUAAAGGUGUUUGAAGCACAUCGCGUCGCAGAGAUACAGGAGGUCAGUGAAGGCGCGGAGUGGCGGCACAUCCGGACUGAUCAGAAUCCGGCAGACGCGUUGUCGCGAGGUCAAUUUCCACGGGAAUUUUUAAAUAUCUACUCGUGGUUUCGGGGGCCUGCGUGGCUAGCUCAGCCCGAAUCCGUUUGGCCGCAAGUUGCGGUAACGCCUCAGAAGGAUUUACCGGGGAUUAAAAAAUUAUUGUGCAUGUUCUCGCAAUCACAAUCGGAAGAAAUUUUCAAAAAUUUCUCGUCAUACACACGAUUGAUUCGUGUCGUCGCGUACUGCUUACGUUUCUCACCCAACAAUAAUGUCAAGGGCGCUUUAACAAUCAAGGAAAUUGAGGAGGCCGAGUAUCGCGUUAUUCGAUUAAUGCAACAAGCGCACUUUCAAGACGAAAUCGAUCGUCUUUUAUCCGAAGAAAGGGUGAAAUGCGCAAAACUUGGAUCUCUGAAUCCGCGGGUCGACGAGAGAGGCUUGAUUCGCGUCGGUGGUCGUAUAAAUGUAGGAGUAAAGAAUAUUCUCUAUGUUAAGUUUAUAUUUUAA